AUAGGUAGCAGCAUCAGUUCACCAGAACCAAUCCAAUACAGAAGAUGAAAACAAGCUAGUUUUCCUACAUCUGUGGUUACACUCAAGUGCCAAAGUGCAUCUUAAAACAAAAAGAGAAUCCUUAAAAAUUCGCGCUUCACUAAGCGAAAGCAAAUUUUUCGUGUAAAUCCCAGUCAAUCGAAGCUACUUCGUCCUUUUCCUUCAAAUUGAGUGUGUGCUUGUGUCCAGUGUUAUUGUUUGUGUGUGCUGUUUAGUUAAAGCUUAAGUUUUAAAUCGUCAUUCCUGAAGUUUGCCUUCCACGUCCAAAGUACCAACAAAAUGCCUCAAGUCAUCGAACAGUACACGCCGCUCCCGACUACCCUGGGAUGCAGCCCGAAGCUGAAGACGCUGCCGAAGAACCUGUACAACCAUCUCCGUGGCUUCCCGGUCGUUAAUGGAGAGGUGUCGCUGCUGUCGGACAAGGUGCGCCGCUUUGUGGAGGAAUCGGCCGCCAUGUGCCAACCGGACCGCAUCCACAUUGUGGACGGUAGUGAGAGCGAGUGCAGCACGCUCCUGAAAACCCUGCACAGCCAGGGAACGAUCAAGCCGCUGCCGAAGUACGACAACUGCUGGCUGGCCCGGACCAAUCCCGCCGAUGUGGCGCGUGUCGAAUCGAAGACGUUCAUCUGUACGGAGCGUCCGGAACAGGCGAUCCCAACGCCGAAACCCGGUGUCAACGGCAGUCUGGGCAACUGGAUCUCGCCGGCCGAUUAUGAGCGUGCGGUGAUGAACCGCUUCCCGGGAUGUAUGAAGGGACGCACGAUGUUUGUCGUGCCGUUCUCGAUGGGUCCGAUCUCGUCCCCGCUGUCGAAGAUUGGAAUCGAAAUCACCGACUCGGCGUACGUCGUGUGCUCUAUGCGCAUCAUGACCCGCAUGGGUUCGGAAGUGCUGGACAAACUGUCUAACAACUCGGACUUCAUCCGGUGUCUGCAUUCGGUUGGAACACCCGCCAACGGUAAGAUUGCCGUACCGUCCUGGCCAUGCGAUCCCGAGCGUACCAUCAUCUUGCACAAGCCCGCCAACAACGAGAUCGUGUCGUACGGUUCCGGCUACGGCGGAAACUCACUGCUCGGCAAGAAAUGCUUUGCCCUGCGCAUCGGCAGCACCAUUGCCCAGCGGGAAGGAUGGCUGGCAGAGCAUAUGCUCAUCCUUGGCAUCACCGACCCGAACGGUGUGAAGAAAUACAUUGCGGCCGCAUUCCCGUCCGCCUGUGGCAAAACGAAUCUCGCCAUGAUGAACCCGACCCUGUCCGGCUACAAGAUCGAGUGUGUCGGUGAUGACAUCGCCUGGAUGAAGUUUGACUCGAAGGGCCAGCUGCGGGCAAUCAAUCCGGAGAACGGUUUCUUCGGCGUUGCCCCGGGAACGUCGAACGAAACGAACCCCAACGCUAUGGACACGAUCUACAAGAACACCAUCUUCACGAACGUCGCCUCCACAUCCGAUGGUGGCGUGUACUGGGAGGGAAUGGAGAAGGAAGUCUCCCCCGAUGUGGAGAUCACCGACUGGCUGGGCAAUCCCUGGAAGUUGGGUGAAUCGAAAACUCCUGCGGCGCAUCCCAACUCCCGCUUCUGUGCUCCCGCCGGCCAGUGUCCGAUCAUCGAUCCGGCCUGGGAAGAUUCGGAAGGUGUCCCAAUUUCUGCCAUCCUGUUCGGUGGACGUCGCCCACAGGGUGUGCCGCUGGUGUAUGAGGCCAACUCGUGGUCGCACGGUGUCUUCAUCGGUUCGUCUAUGCGCAGUGAAAGCACUGCCGCUGCGGAACACAAGGCCAAAGUCAUCAUGAACGAUCCGUUCGCGAUGCGACCAUUCUUCGGCUACAACUUCGGCGACUAUCUGAAGCACUGGUUGAGCAUGGAGAAGCGUGCCACCGUCGCCGGAGGUCAUGCGCCAAAGAUUUUCCACGUCAACUGGUUCCGCAAGGAUGCGAACGGCAAGUUCCUUUGGCCCGGAUUCGGUGAGAACAGCCGAGUGCUCGAAUGGAUCCUGCACCGCAUUGACGAUGCCGACUGCUACCGGGAUACACCGAUCGGCCGUGUGCCGACGGAAGGUUCGCUCAACCUGGACGGGCUAAGCAGUCCGGUCAACGAGCGGGAGCUAUUUUCCAUUCCGAAAGACUUCUGGCUGCAGGAGGUGGAAGAGGUUAAGCAGUACUACGACAACCAGCUGCCUCAGGAUCUGCCGGUGGAGAUUGCCACCGAGCUGGAACAGCUGAAAAAUCGCAUUGAGAAGAUGUAAGCCAUGCACUGAUUAAAUGACAAAGCCAAGACAACCACUAUUAUUUAAGUGAGCUGAAGAGAUUAGGACCGACCUACCGUACUGGCAGGGGUUUAUUGACCAGGGCCACGCGGUAAUGCGGCACAGGGACCGAGCAGUAAGUCAAGAGUCUUUAGGUGUAGAUAUUUUGUAUUAAACAAUGUAAGGCAUAUUUUUAACUUUUCCCCCUUAUAGUAAGUAUUGUGAUAGAUGAAGUAAGAAGAGUAAUUGAAGAGCGGGUUUGGUUUUACGAAAACGCAGACCCGCCAAUCUGCUAACCUGGAGCAAACUAAUUGUACGACAGCUAUGAGAAUCAACAAUAAAAAAAGACAAUAAUUUAUAAAUCA